UCGAUGUGGUUCAUCGGCCUGGCGUUCGAGCAGCACAAUGUCUCCGUGGACUUGACAUAUGACAUUAUGUCGUUCACGAAAACAUUGUGCUACCAGGCCGAUAGGAGCAACGUGUCGCGAGUCGGCAGGACGAUUGAGGCCCGUUACGUUCGCCGCAAAGAGCUCCGGCAGUACCUUUGCGAGUCGCUUCUGGAAGGCGCAUUGGCAGCAGGCGACAAGCGACGCCGUGCCACACGCGAUGCGCCAUCCAAGAAGCGACGAGUAGAGGAAGCUGACGGAGCUUGAGGCGUCGGAUGGCCUCCGACUGCCGACUCCUGACCAGUCGUGUGUCGUCGUCUCCGUGUAAGCGUCGAGACUCCGCCACGACGGAUCGAAGUGCGAAACUAUGACGCACGUUCUCCGAAAGAGAACCGAUCCGAAGCUUUAUCUGAAGCUAUGUCUCAUCGCAUUCAACGCCCGUCAACAAUUCAACGAAAGGAAAGAAGCAACGAGCAUCGGGACAAG